UCAACCAGUCACCAUAUUUUAGUUUUAAGUUCCCAAAUAUGUUAAAAUUUUCAUGUGUUACUUUACUAUUUUUAAUAAGCUCUUCGCAUUUGAAUACAACAUACGACCAUAACAAAAUUAAUGGUUUUGUACCACGAGUAUACAACGGAUGGCCGGCUAAACUUGGAGAUGUACCGUACCAGGUUGGAUUCAAGAUAAGGAGCAAAAAAAAUAGAUACUUUACAUUUUGUGGAGGAACAAUUAUAGCGCCAAACAAAAUUAUUUCCGCUGCUCACUGUUUUACAAAAAAAGGAAAUUUAUGCGAAAGGUGGUGUGGAGGAGCCAAGCCAAAACGAUCACUUUCACGUAUAUAUGCUGUCGCAGGCAGUCUAAGAAAUUCCGGAACUUUGAAUAAACCAUCGACAUCACAGUGGAGAAAAUUAAAAAAUGUUACAUAUCCAGCCAAAUACAAAUUUCCUAAUUAUGAUAUUGCAAUUUUGUUUACAUAUUUACCAUUUAUUUACAACAACAACGUGAACGAAAUACCAAUUGCAGUUAAAUAUGUUAACUAUUACGGCAAAUGUCUUGUAUCGGGCUAUGGGCGUACGUCUCCAACGAAAAGGUCACAACUAUUGCUCCUGGCACAUUUGGAUAUGUUUCCUAUACAAAUAUGCAACAUUAUAUUUCGCCGAAAUAUGGCGAAUUUCGUUUGCACUUCAAGGGCUAAUACCAGUACUGGAAAGGGUGAUUCUGGCGGGCCGCUAGUGUGUUCAAGUACAGGUGACCCUAAUGAAAAAGAGAAAGGAGUUCUUGUAGGAGUUGUUAGUGGAAGUAGAAAAAACAUUGCGUCAUUUUUCACACGUGUCUCCUCCUUUUCAAAAUACAUCAAGCGGAACAGCUGUCACAUUAAUAGGAUAGAUAAUUUGCUGUUGGUUAUUUCUUCAUGUUUGACGUCUUAUUUAAUGGAUUCAUUCUACUCAGUGAUGAUUCAAAUAACAACAAUUCGAAGAACAGAUUCAAAAAGGCAAUUUCCUUGAUGCUAGAACAAAAGCAGAAGUUAGCACUAUAAUGUUUAAGCUGUACCUGUAUUAGUUGACUGUAAUUCAAUAAAUGUAGUCUGUGCCAAA